AUGGCGCAGCCAGUUCCAGUGCCGCAUGACGCCGGGGAAUGGAACGGGAAAUGGGGUGGAGCCGCGGCAGCCUCUAAUGGAACGAUCUUCUGCACACCGUGCAACGAAAGGUCUUUCUUGGAGGUUCAUUCCGGAGGUUUUGAUGGGGGGCGGCAUGUUUCGCCGGUUGACCUGCCCGAAGACUACCAGCAGCUGAUCCACCAAAGUGACGCCUUUGCUGGUGGCUGCUGCACCUCAGAUGGUCGGAUCUAUCUGGUGCCAACAUUCUUCAAUAACCGCGUUGGGGAACCCUAUUUGUGGACGUUGUCCUACGCACCCGCCACAGGGGAAUUUCAACUGCUAAACACAGAAGGAACAGCUGUUGUCCAAGAGCUAGACGAGGAAAGCGUGUUUUGGAGCAUUGCUGUCGCGCCGAAUGGCAAACUUUAUUCGCCUCCAGCCAACGGCUCCCAGGUUGCAGUGCUGGACCCCGACUCUGGCACCUUCGAGCUCAUCCGGGGCGUGCAGCGACGAAGUCAGAAAAACAAGUGGACAGGCAUCGCCACAGCCGGAGAUCACUACAUGUUCUGCUCACCUGGCCGGGCUAGGGCGGUCUUGGUGAUCGACUCGAACACCCACGAGCUGCACUACCUUUGGGACGGCGAGCUUUUCGACGAGGCGGGGGCCGUGCAGUAUGUUGACGAGGACGGAGAUCCAAUACCCGACUACCUAGCUGCAGAUGUCCAACUGUGGAGUGGGAUCGCUGCCGCACACAACUCGAAGCUGUACUGCGCACCUUGUGAUGCCGACUGCGUGCUCGUGAUUGAUCCAGGAAACUGGAAGUUGUACACUCUCGGCCUGAACCCUCCAUGUGUGGAUUCGACAUCUGCGAACAAGUGGUCCGGGAUUUGUUUGGCCGAGGAUGGCCGGUUGUACUGUGCUCCGAGCUGUGCAGGAUCCAUUCUUGUUAUUGAUCCGGUUUGCGACGCUAUCGGUUACAUCAGCAUCGCCGGACUAGAUCCAUGGCAGGGCUGGCAGAGCAGUGGCGAUUUCAAAUGGUCUGGCAUCGCAGCGGCAUGUGGUCGCAUCUGGUGCGUACCCGACAGAGCGGAUGCGCUGCUAACAAUGCUGACGCCGAAGCCGCCGCUUUGCCUUCCUGGCCAUGUCGGGGUACCGCCUGAUGUUGUAUGA